UAUUUAUCAAUGUUAUAUAGAACACGUGUAUUUGUUGUGACAUUUGUCACAUGACUAGAUAUACCGGUUUGAAGGUAUUCUCUAUAGAGUAAUGAGUAUUUCACGAGCUAAUAUAAGCGGGAAGAAUUGUAACGGUAAAUAUAUGUGUAGUUAUUUGUCAUUCGACGCUUGCAUUUCGGACAGUUAAGUCUGGUCAUUUCUUCAAUAUGGCCGAACAUACAGAAGAAAGUUUACUUCUACAAGACGACUCGUUACCUGAUAAAAGCAGUGAUGGUGCUAACAGAUCUUCUUCUGAUAGGGACUUACAUGACACGUUCUCUCUAUUCAAGUUGUACAUGGACGGGAAAAUGGAUAGCCUUGAAUCCAAGUUGGUACGUGAACAAGACGCGAUGUCCAAGAAGAUAAAAGAGGAAGUCUCUAUCAAGUUUAAGCACGAAGGAAACCGAAUUCAAUUUAAGUUUAAUGAAGAAAUCGUGAACGAUCUCAAUAAGCUUUACAAGUCAAUACCGUCAACAGAGGCACAUAGUAUUCGUGUUGUUCUGGAUUUACUGGAUAAAGUUAAAGGCCGUAAUAAGCUUAUAAGGAUUGCUGAUUCUUCCCCGGCAGGAUGGUCAACCGUCCGUGAGUACGAGUCCAAUGAUAUUGCUUCUGACAGUGAAGAUGAGAAGAAAAUUCGCCAGGCGGAGAGUCGAGCUAUGCGCACGAUGAAAGACAAGACAAAAGGACGUCCCGCUCCGUAUUCUAACAAACCCAGAUUGCCACCAGCUGAAACCUAUGCUAAUCCUACCUACAAUCAACAGUUUCAGAGGCAGCCCUUUCGUAACAGCGCCGCACGGCGUGAGCCGUGCCAGUCGGACAUGUGCUUCUAUUGUAAGCAGUUCGGGCAUUGGAGAAAAAAUUGCCCCCUCAGAUCUGGAUCUGUUGGUGCCGGAUCGUCUGGACUUGCCAAUCAAAAGUAAAUCUGCAGAUGCACCCAGAAAUACAUUUUCAAUGUUGGGAUAUGGCAAUCAUUGUCCAGCGAUAUUCAUCCUAGUAUGCCUGAUCAUCUUGUACAGAAGCUUCCAGAUUAUGUUCUAUCGUCGAGGGCGG